GCAAUUAAACUCGCGUGUAGGCUACCCUCCUCGUGUCUCUGGCAGCGGGCCCCACGCGUAUGAUCGCCUACGUGCCGUGUCGGUAAACAGAAAUCACCCCCUCGAGGUUUUCCUGUGGCAUCGUCCUCUCCGUCCCGUCUGUCCAUCUCCAUUUCUGGAGUCUGUACGCCGGGGGAAGGAAAAUAACUUCAGCAGCCCCCAAAUCUUAGUCCCUUCCUCACUCCCCAGGCCAAAACCUCGGUCCGUGCAAUCACACCUCGGCUCUCCCCCGUUUCACUCGACCCCCUCGAAUGGCGCAGCCCUGCAACUUGCCCCGCGGCGGCUGGCGGCGGCUUCAACAGACCGGCGGCAUCUGUCUCGCCGUGGCACUUUGCGUGCUCGCGCUGGCGCCCGCCUCGGACGCCACGUCGGCGUCGCCGGUGGGCAUCAACUAUGGCCGCGUCGGGAGCAACCUCCCGCCGCCGCAGGCCGUGCUGCCCCUGCUCCAGGGCCUCGGCAUUGGCCGCGUGCGGCUCUACGACGCCGACCCCAACGUGCUGCGCGCCUUCGCCAAGACCGGGGUGGAGCUCUUCGUCGGCGUGCCCGACCAGUGCCUCGCCGCGGCCGCCGACCCUGCGGGCGCCGCGUCGUGGGUCAAGGAGAACAUCCAGCCGUUCGUCGUGGAUACCAAGAUCGUCGCGCUCACCGUGGGCAACGAGGUGCUCACGGGUAAUAACUCCGCUCUGAUGCGGACUCUGGUUCCGGCGAUGCAGUCCCUGCACAGCGCGCUGGCCGCGGUCGGCCUCGACAAGCAGAUCGCCGUCACGACCGCACACAACCUCGGCGUUCUCGGCACGUCCUACCCGCCCUCGGCGGGGGCCUUCCGCAAGGACCUCCUGCCGUACCUCUGCCCCAUCCUGGAUUUCCACGCCAGGACCGGUUCUCCUUUCCUGGUGAACGCGUACCCUUACUUCGCCUUCUCCGACGAUCCCAAGGGCAUCCACCUGGAGUACGCCCUUCUCGAGCCAGGCUACCCCGGCGUCCCGGACCCCAACUCCGGGCUCCACUAUACCAACCUCCUCGUGGCGCAGGUGGACGCCGCGUACCACGCCAUCACGGCGGCCAACAGCGCGGCGUCGCGGGUGGUCGAGGUGCGGGUCUCCGAGACGGGGUGGCCCUCCUCCGGAGACGCAGGCGAGAAGGCCGCGACGCCGCAGAACGCGGCGCGGUACAACAGCAACGCGAUGCGGCUGGUGGCGGAGGGGAAGGGCACGCCGCUCAAGCCAGGCGUGCCGCUGCGCGCGUACGUGUUCGCGCUGUUCAACGAGGACUUGAAGCCCGGCCCGGCGUCGGAGCGCAACUACGGCCUGUUCAAGCCCGACGGCACGCCGGUGUACGAGCUCUCGUACAAGCUUCCGCGCGACAACUCUACCUUCGGCGGCGGCGGCGGCCGUGGCAACGGAACCGGCGGGUACAACAACAACACCGACGGAAGCAGCGGCUACUACGGCUUCUCGGCUGCGUCGCGGGUAGCUACGGGUCGGUGGACAUGGGCCGGAGCUACUGUGGCAGGAGUAGUUGCUGUCCUGAUGGUUGCAGCCUACUGAGGUGCUGAGAAUAUCGAGUGGGUCAGUCUCGUCUGAAAUUUAGGGCAAGGGCCAAGGUAGAUAAUGGUUGGAUGGAAUAGAAAUGCAUGGUCUGGAGCAAUUGUGCUGAUCAUCGUGAUCCUAUCAAGGGCGCUCCUUUGUUGUUUUGAUUGCUGGGACUGAGAUGUGGGUAAGGUAUGAUGAAAUGCUUAAUUUGGUGACAUUUAAGCGCAUCUAAGCAUAUGUACUGUCUGCAAGUUUGUUCCAUCUUGAUGCCAUAAAAGCCAUUGAUCCCCGUUGUGAGUAA